UUCUCUCUAAAUCCUCGCAACGAUCCUCGAAAUACCUCCUCUGUCCCUCUGUUCCCUCUGUUUUAGUAAACCUUUCAGCAAUGGCUCUCAAAGCUGUUCAUGUCUCCGACGUGCCCAACCUCGACCAAGUCCAGGAAAACUCUUCUCUUUCUCUCUACUCAACCCGUUUUUCCAAAGGGUUGGAGUUGAACAGGGCGACAUCGUUUAGGAUACCAAAGUUUUUGGUGAUAGGGCAUCGAGGGCAUGGCAUGAACAUGCUACAAAGCUCUGAUUCAAGAAUGAAAGCCAUUAAAGAAAACUCCAUUCUCUCCUUCAACUCUGCCGCUAAAUCUCCCAUUGACUUCAUUGAAUUUGACGUUCAGGUGACAAAAGAUGACUGCCCUGUCAUUUUCCACGACGACCUUAUCCUCUCUGAAGAAAAUGGCACUGUGUUUGAGAAGAGAGUCACGGAGUUAUGUUUAGCAGAAUUCCUUUGCUAUGGACCCCAGAGGGAAGCAGGGAAAGAGGGGAGAUGCUUGUUGAGGAAAACAAAAGAUGGGCAAAUUGUUAAGUGGGAUGUUGAAACAGAUGAUCCACUUUGUACCCUGGAAGAAGCUUUCCAGAGUGUUGAGCCUUCUUUGGGUUUCAAUAUUGAGUUGAAAUUUGAUGACAAUAUUGUUUAUCAGCAAGAUUAUCUCGUCCAUGUUCUCCAAGUCAUCUUGCAGGUGGUGUUUGAGUUUGCAAAAGAUAGGCCCAUAAUCUUCUCUAGUUUCCAGCCCGAUGCAGCUCAGCUUGUUAGGAAGUUGCAGAACAACUAUCCUGUUUUCUUCUUAACAAAUGGUGGGACUCAACUUUACUAUGAUGUGAGGAGAAAUUCCCUGGAGGAGGCCAUAAAGGUCUGCCUGGAAGGUGGUCUGCAAGGGAUUGUUUCAGAGAUCAAAGGAGUGUUUAGAAAUCCAGGAGCAGUGCCUAAGAUUAAAGAGUCUAAGCUCUCCCUCCUGACAUAUGGCCAACUGAACAAUGUACCAGAGGCUGUUUACAUGCAACAUUUAAUGGGAAUUGAUGGGGUGAUAGUAGACUUUGUUCAAGAGAUCUCACAGGCUUUGAGCGACAUGAUCAAGCCUGCCAAGGCAGUUCCCGCAGAGGAUGGGAAUGGGGAGACUGAGGCAAAAUCACAGCUUCAGUUCUCACAGCAGGAGCUCUCAUUUCUCUUAAAGCUAAUCCCAGAGUUGAUACAGCACUAAUUCUUGCCCCCUAACGCCUAUAGUUUACCAAUUUUAACCCUUUUGGGGCUGUAACCCAGUUACACGUUUGUAGAUAACUCGGUAUUUUUAAUGUGGAAAAUCUUUCAGACUCUCAUUUUCA